AUGUCCAUUCCUGUCAAUCAGUCUCAUCCAACCUGGUUGGAAGUGUUAUCACGAGCUCUUGCGUCUGCUCCUAAUCCCAAAUCCACGUAUUCAGCUGACCGAUCAAGGUUCCCUCCUACCCAAUGGUGCGAUCCCACAUUCUAUCGACGGACUGUAUAUCGUCCUGACACCCCUGACCAAGCUGGCCAACCUAGUAUGUCUCAAGAGGAUUUCCUGAAAGUACGCCAAGGAUUACAAAUUCCCGACUAUCAACGAAUCAAGCUCGAUCACGAUGCAUCAUAUCUGGAGAUAUCAUACAAUAUUCAAGAGAGAUCUCUGACUACACCCAUAUCGGAUCUUCCACCAGAACAUAGACCAUCGGAACUCGUCGAGCAUGAGGCUAAGGGGAUGAUGAGAGUGGAUAGUGAAUAUACAUGGGAUGGUCAAUUCGCUUUACACACUCUUAAUCCUAAUCAAUGUCAACAACUUGACUGUCUAGGUUGGACAGAGAAAGAUAUUGAAGAUCCAACUCUUGAACAUGAUAGUUCGAAAACAAGAGGUAUCUUCGCUACGGAUGGGGUGUUCGGAUCGGGUUUAGCAAUGCUAUGGAAAUGCAAUAGGAUCAAAACACCUUCCAGAUUCACUAAGAAUGAUUUGAUCAAUAAUGCAGAUCAUUAUGAUCACUCGGGUCUGGUCGAUUUGUCAAAAAAGUUGAAUAGUUAUGAUUUUCGAUCGACCUUGUACAUUUAUAGACCUUUAAGAGACCCUUAUCUACCGAUUAAAUCAUUCACGAAUAAGUAUAAUGAUCGUAUCAAUACUUGGUUAACUCAAGACCACUAUCCCUCAGGCAAUCUUGAUUUAUCAGACGAUAAAGGAAGGAGUGAACUUAGUCCUUCUCAAACUUCAAGCUUCUCUAGUUCUCGUUACUUCGAUGAGACUGAUGAAUAG